AUGACCCUGGUCGAGAGUCUCGAUCAUCUGGUUUUGACCGUCGAGGACAUCGAGAGAACCUGCGAUUUCUACGAGACGGCCCUAGGGCUCGAGCGCGAGACCUUCGGCGAGGGCCGGACCGCGCUGCGUUUCGGUCAGCAGAAAAUCAACCUGCACCCCAAUCCCAGCCCGAUCGAUACCAAGGCGGGCAAUCCGACACCGGGUUCGGCCGACAUCUGCUUUAUCGCCGCCGUGCCGUUAGAGCAGGUUCGGCAGACUCUCGAUGCCGCCGGCAUUCCCCUGGUGGCGGGUCCCGUGCCGCGGGUGGGCGCUCUCGGCCCUGUCACAUCGCUAUACAUUCGGGAUCCCGACGAGAACCUGGUCGAGAUCGCGACCUACGACUGA